AUGGUCAUUGUUCGCGAUCAGCAUUUAAAGUCAUUACAUGCCGGUGCUCAAGCAACACUCAACUCAAUUCGGAAUUCGUUCUGGAUUGUUAAUGGAAAAACGAUUGUAAAAAACGUAAUACGAAAAUGCGUAACUUGCUGCCGCGCCAAGCCUCAGACUCCCACUUACCUAAUGGGAGAUUUACCGAAAAAUAGAGUUGUUUUUGAAAAAGCCUUUCUUCAAACAGGUGUCGAUUAUUGCGCUCCCUUUUACAUAAAGGAGAGAAAACUUCGGGACCGAAACAAAGUUAAAAUCUAUGUCGCUGUAUUUGUGUGUUUCGCUACGAAAGCAGUGCACAUUGAGGUGGUCAGUGAUUUGACAACUGAAGCAUUCUUAGCCUGUUUGUGUAGAUUUUUUUCCAGACGCGGAAAGUGUACAGAUCUUUAUUCCGACAACGGCAAGAAUUUUGUUGGUGCUAAGAACGAAAUUAACGAUAUUCUCAAAUUAAUAAAAUCAAAUGAGCACAACACAAUGGUGUCUCGAAAUCUUAUUGAUCAAAAAAUGAAUUGGCAUUUUAACCCCCCACGCUCACCACACUUUGGUGGACUCUGGGAGGCAGCUGUUAAAUCGUUCAAGCAUCACUGGAUUCGCGCUGUCGGUGAUAAAGUCCUGUCUUACGAGGAGUUUACAACACUCGCCACAGAGAUAGAGGGAAUUUUAAACUCUCGCCCUCUAACUCCUUUACCUUCAGAUCCUAACGACCUAGCCGCCUUGACUCCUGGACACUUCCUUACAGGUGACUCUUUAACAGGCGUGCCAGAACACAGUUUGAUGCACCUUCCGUCAAAUCGAUUAUCUUCUUGGCAGAAAGUGCAGCAAAUUAAACAGCAUUUCUGGUCUCGGUGGAACAGAGAGUAUUUGCAUGAGUUGACUGUACGAAAAAGGUGGCACAAAGGUUCCACUUCAGAAAUGAAAAUCGGUAAACUUGUAACGAUUCGUGACGACAACCUCCCUCCUAUGAGAUGGACAAUCGGUCGAAUUAUCGCCACUCAUCCAGGAGAAGAUAAUGUUAUCCGUGUAGUAACAGUAAAAACCGCACAUGGCGAGUAUAAACGUAGCAUAAAAAAUUUAUCACCUUUGCCUAUCGACUCUGACUAA